CCAGCUGCCAGCAAUCCAGCAGAUCCAACCUGAGGACAGCACAUGUGAGGAUCAGAGCAGAGAGCAGACAGACGGGAAGACGGACGCAGAGAGACCCUCCACCUGGACAUGGACCACCUGAUGCUGCUGCUGCUGCUGUGGAGCUCAGGACUCCAGGCUGAAGGAGAUCUCACCUCAACAGAGUCUGUCAGGUUGGUGGGAGGAGCCAGUCGCUGUGGAGGAUCACUGGAGGUGAAACAUGAAGGAGAAUGGGGAUCAGUGGAUGGCUAUGACAGGACCCUGAAGAUAGCAGCAGACUCUGUCAGGCUGGUGAAUGAGACCAGUCUGUGCUCAGGCAGACUGGAGGUGAAGACUGACCAGUCUACCCAGCGCUGGUCCUCAGUGUGUGAAGAUGACUUUGACCAGCAGGAUGCAGAGGUGGUCUGUAGGGAGCUUGGCUGUGGGGCUCCUUCAGUCCUCCAGGGGGGCUCUUAUGGAGAAGUGGAGCCUCCAAUGAGGACCAAAGAGUUCCAGUGUGGAGGCCAUGAGUCUGCUCUCCUGGACUGUAGAAGCUCAGGCUCAGAUAGAAACACCUGCUCACCUGGAAAAGCUGUUGGACUCACCUGCUCAGAGCCUGAUGCUGUCAGGUUGGUGGGAGGAGACAGUCGCUGUGCAGGAACACUGGAGGUAAAAACUAAAGGAGAAUGGAGACCAGUAGAUGGCCUUUAUUAUGACUGGACCCUGAAGAUAUCUGGCUGGACCCUGAAGACAGCAUCUGCUGCCUGCAGAGAGUUAGACUGUGGCUCUGCUGUUUCUGUAGUAAAGAGAAAUGAGUCCUCACGCAGAUCUGUGUGGUGGAUCAGGCCUGACUGUGUUGAGUCUGGAUCUGUUCUGAGGGAGUGUGCAGAAUCAAGUUCCUCUUCCUUCUUCCUUAAUCUCAUCUGCUCAGACUCUGUCAGGCUGGUGAAUGGGACCAGUCGGUGCUCAGGCAGACUGGAGGUGAAGACUAACCAGUCUACCCAGCGCUGGUCCUCAGUGUGUGAAGAUGACUUUGACCAGCAGGAUGCAGAGGUGGUCUGUAGGGAGCUUGGCUGUGGGGCUCCUUCAGUCCUCCAGGGGGGUCUUGGGAGAAGUGGAGCCUCCAAUGAGGACCAAAAGAGUUCCACUGUGGAGGCCAUGAGUCUGCUCUCCUGGACUUGCCUGAUGCUGUCAGGUUGGUGGGAGGAGCCAGUCGCUGUGCAGGAACACUGGAGGUGA